GACACACACACACACACACACACACACACAGCCGCCCACGCGCACGGCAGCCUCCCGGUUCAUUUGCAUGGGGGGAAGCCCCAGCUCCGGGUCCGAACCCCCCCUGGAGAAGAGAAGCCAGUCGGCGCGGACGAGACAUUCGCUGCCCUUUCUCCCCACGGCGCCGCUUCCCUCCAGCCUCCCCCUCACCACCACCACACACCCGUCCGCCACACGUAUACGCUCCUCCGCCGCUCCUGGCACCCGGCGCCUCGCCUCCCUCGCUCGCCCGCUCUCGCUCUCUCGCCCAUCUCUACGCCGAGGAGCCUGACCAUGUUUUGCUGGAGGAUGGCUCUGUGGCUGGCUGGGGUGGCCCUCUGGAACAAAGUCUCCCGCUCCCGCUGCUCCGGCUUGGAUUUCGACUACGGUUACGAUUUCAGCCAGGAGGAUCAGGCUGAAGCCAUAGAUUACAAAGAUCCUUGCAAAGCCGCUGUCUUUUGGGGAGAUAUUGCCUUAGAUGUUGAAGACUUAAAAAUCUUUCAGAUUGACAGGACAGUUGAUCUUACACAACAUUCAGAGGGAAAAAAUGGACAUAAUACUGGUGGCUUUGAAGGACGUGAAGUGUCAAAAAAAAACAAUGUUCUCUAUCAGCUUAUAGACAGGAUAAGAAGAAUUGAGUCAGGUUUUGAACAAAAUAAUAAAACAAAGGGAAGACCAACUUUAACAUUCUCAGGGAACAAUGAGAGAAAAAGAUUUUCCCGGGCAGCUACAUCGCGCACAGAAAGAAUAUGGCCAGGAGGUGUUAUUCCAUAUGUCAUAGCAGGAAAUUUCACUGGAAGCCAACGAGCAAUGUUCAAGCAAGCAAUGCGACACUGGGAAAAAUAUACCUGCGUUACAUUCAUUGAACGAAGUGAUGAAGAAAGCUACAUAGUGUUUACAUACCGGCCUUGUGGAUGCUGCUCCUAUGUAGGCCGAAGAGGCAAUGGUCCUCAAGCAAUCUCUAUUGGCAAGAAUUGUGAUAAGUUUGGAAUUGUUGUUCAUGAAUUGGGACAUGUAAUAGGAUUUUGGCAUGAGCACACAAGACCAGACAGAGAUGAUCAUGUCACCAUCAUCAGAGAGAACAUUCAACCAGGACAGGAGUACAACUUUUUGAAGAUGGAGCCUGGAGAAGUGAAUUCUCUGGGAGAAUCGUAUGAUUUUGAUAGCAUUAUGCACUAUGCCAGGAACACGUUCUCAAGGGGUAUGUUUCUGGAUACCAUACUUCCUUCCCGUGAUGAUAAUGGGAUCCGACCGGCCAUUGGUCAACGCACACGAUUAAGUAAAGGAGAUAUUGCACAAGCCAGAAAGCUGUACAGAUGUCCAGCAUGUGGUGAAACUCUGCAAGAGUCUACAGGCAACUUUUCCUCUCCAGGAUUUCCAAAUGGUUAUCCUUCAUACACACAUUGCAUAUGGAGAAUUUCAGUGACUCCUGGAGAGAAGAUUGUUCUAAACUUUACAACCAUGGACCUCUAUAAGAGCAGCCUCUGCUGGUAUGACUACAUUGAAGUAAGAGAUGGCUACUGGAGAAAAUCUCCUCUGCUUGGCAGAUUCUGCGGAGAUAAACUCUCAAACAUCCUCACAUCUAGUGAUAGUAGAAUGUGGAUCGAGUUCCGUAGCAGCAGCAACUGGGUAGGAAAAGGGUUUGCAGCCAUUUAUGAAGCAAUUUGUGGAGGUGAGAUACAUAAAAAUGAAGGCCAGAUCCAGUCUCCUAAUUAUCCCGAUGACUAUAGGCCAAUGAAAGAAUGUGUGUGGAAAAUAACAGUGGCAGAGAACUACAAUGUCGGAUUAACCUUUCAGGCAUUUGAGAUUGAGAGACAUGAUAAUUGUGCCUAUGAUUAUUUAGAAGUCCGAGAUGGAGUGAGUGAAAGCAGCCCUUUGAUUGGCCAUUUUUGUGGCUAUGAUAAACCUGAAGAUAUAAGAUCUACCUCAAAUACCCUGUGGAUGAAGUUUGUUUCUGAUGGGACAGUCAAUAAAGCAGGAUUUGCUGCUAAUUUUUUUAAAGAGGAAGAUGAAUGUGCCAAAUUGGACAAUGGUGGAUGUGAACAACGAUGUGUGAAUACGCUGGGCAGUUAUCAGUGUGCUUGUGAUCCAGGUUAUGAGCUUGGGCCUGAUAAGAAGAGUUGUGAAGCUGCCUGUGGGGGUCUUCUGACAAAGCUGAAUGGGACUCUAACAACACCAGGAUGGCCCAAAGAAUAUCCCCCUAAUAAAAACUGUGUGUGGCAACUUGUUGCUCCCACCCAGUACAGAAUCUCAGUGAAGUUUGAGUUCUUUGAACUGGAAGGGAGUGAGGUGUGCAAAUAUGAUUAUGUGGAAAUCCGUAGUGGCCUUUCUACUGAUUCCAAACCACAGGGCAAAUUUUGUGGUACAGAAGUGCCUGAAGUUAUCACAUCCCAGUAUAACAACAUGAGAAUUGAGUUCAGAUCCGAUAACACAGUUUCAAAAAAAGGUUUCAAAGCUCACUUUUUCUCAGAUAAAGAUGAAUGUUCAAAGGACAAUGGUGGCUGCCAGCAUGAGUGCAUUAACACUUUUGGAAGCUAUGUAUGCCAAUGUCGGAAUGGAUUUGUGCUUCAUGAAAACAAGCAUGACUGCAAGGAAGCUGAAUGCGAACAGAAAAUCCACAGCCCAAAUGGAAUUAUCACAAGCCCUAACUGGCCUGAUAAGUACCCAAGCAGAAAGGAAUGCAGCUGGGAAAUAAGUGCCACACCUGGUCACAGGGUCAAAAUAGUAUUUAUUGAGUUCGAAAUUGAACAACAUCAGGAAUGUGCUUAUGACCAUCUGGAGAUAUUUGAUGGAGAAAAUGAAAAAUCCCCAAUUCUGGGGCGUUUAUGUGGAAAUAAGAUACCAGAUCCUCUUAUUGCCACAGGAAAUAAAAUGUUUCUCCGAUUUGUCUCUGACGCAUCGGUUCAAAGAAAAGGCUUCCAAGCAACCCAUUCAACAGAAUGUGGUGGUCGCCUGAAAGCUGAAAGCAAGAUGAGAGACCUUUAUUCUCAUGCUCAGUUUGGAGAUAAUAAUUAUCCAGUUCAAGCAGAUUGCGAGUGGUUGCUGGUGUCAGACCACGGCUAUCGAAUAGAGUUAAUUUUUCAGACAUUUGAAGUAGAAGAAGAAGCAGACUGUGGCUAUGACUACUUAGAAGUCUUCGAUGGUCAUGAUACAUCGGCUCUGAGGAUUGGCCGGUUUUGUGGAUCAGGGCCCCCGGAAGAAAUCUAUUCAGCAGGUGAUUCUGUUUUACUCCAUUUUCAUACAGAUGAUACAAUUAACAAAAAAGGCUUUCAUAUACGAUACAAAAGUAUAAAAUAUCAAGAUAAUGUUCACACUCAAAAAUAACACAAGACACCCCUUAAGUCACAAAAUUAAACAGAGAAUGACUGUUUGAAGGGGUGGAGGGAUUCUUUAAAAAAAAAUAUACUGACAAUAUUAACAAAAAGCAAAGAUUUUUUUUUAGCCCAUGAUUUCAAACAGAAGAAAAACUGAAACAUCCCACUCUUAGAUAAACUCCUCUCUGUAGAGGAGCAGACAUUGUGACGACAUAUGGUCUCCAUUCAUGGUUGUCUUUGCAAACUGCUGAAAAGAUAUUGCAUGCUGUCCAAGGAGACUAUAAGAGCUUUGUUCACAGCUUGACAAACGUCAGGGUUGUUUCCAUCUUCAACAAUAGGAAAAGAUCCUGCUGACUGUAACUUUUUGACAAGUGACUUGAAUCCAGGAGAGGAGAAAAAACUCACCUGCUACACAGGUCAUGCACUUGAAAAUGUUGUCUUUUUAUUUUUCUUAUCCUAAUUGCAUUGGGGGCAUAUCCAAGAUUUAAAAUGUACAAAGAAAAGUCAUGAGAAGAGAAGAAAACCUGAUUCUUUUUUCUAUCCCUCCACAUACUCAUAUAAAAACCUGGAAAACUGUAUCUGCAAAAUCAUUAAAUCUCUGGGCAGUUUUUGGUUCAAUAACAAAGUAGAACUGAUCAUUUUACAUUCAUGGUUCACUAUAAAUACAUUCAGACUUUGGAUAUUGUCAGUAACUGAGGGUAUUAAGUGUAUUAUUGCUGAAGUACUGUAGUGUGCUAAGCUCUUACAUAAGACUAAGAACCAAAUCAGAAUUGGUCUUUUGCCAGCCUAAGGCAAACCUCUUCCCAAUGAUCAGCAGACGGAAUCAGGACCAGAAUAACCCAACACAUCAAUCAUAAAUUUCAUUCCACUGGGAAAAAUGAACUGUUAUUCUGCAUUUCCUUGGAAAUGUUUCUGUCAGGCUUGGAAGCCAUCUUUUGUAUUAGGCCUUCAGUCCUGCCACGUUUACUACUGUGGGAAACUUGGGAGGGGGGAUUAUAUAGAGCAUGGAUGAACUAAUUAUUUUAUUAUUAUUUUAAGCCAAUAUGGAAUGAGGAAAGAGUUGUUUCAAAAAAAAAAAAAAAGGUUUCCCAAGCAAUUGAAAAAGAGGAUUUUUUUUUUUCUUUUUGUGGUGGCAAAGACUAUUUCUAUGGUGCUAUUCCAUGAACUUUAAAAGAAAUUUCCACAUCCCAAGUUACUAGAUUUUUGAGCCAAUAACCUGCUGAUCAGAAAUGAGUCAUUAUGCCUUGUUGCAUAUUAACAGGAACAGCUUUCUAGACAUGAGAAAAGGAUUAUAACGAUGGCAGCACAAACCCUGUGGAACAAACUACAAUUGCCUUAGAAUAUUUGUACAUGAUCAUACAGAUCUUCUUGUAGAUAUGUAUCUGAUUUGAUAGUUGAUAACAACUUGAACAUUUUAAAUGUGUGUUCACAAAAAUGAUCCUUAAGCAAAUUACCAUUCACAGUACCAGAUCAUUAGUUGUAAAUACAGCGCAGCAGACUUGUUACUAAUGUAGAAUAUGUUAUUUUUAGAAAUUUUGUUGUAUGUGCUUUAGGCCAUAUAUGGAUUUAGUCACAAUGUAUAUGCAUCAUGUAAGUUAGUAUGAAUGAGUAAGAGUGAGAAGUGUUGUGUAUGUAUGGACAGGUAAAUUGUACUUCAUGUGCCAAUUUAUACCACAAUCUCAACUGAGUGUAGCAACUUCUUUAAAGCUUUCAUAAACAUGACUGUAAUAAAGAAUCAAGAGCUAUGAAAUGUUUAUGUUCCAUUAAAAGAACUAUUUUGAUAUCAUUCGAUGUUGGUUGCUACUUCGUUUAGUUUUUGUUUCCUUACCAGAAUAAAUACACUGGCAUUAAUAUUUUUUUUUUAAAAAAACAAUAAAAUAAAACUAAGCAUGUGUAGGUCUCAUUGCUUCUAUUUAACAGAUGUUUCAAUAGCAAAUGACAAAAAAAAUACUACACACCUUAACGCAGUCUUUAGAAUAUAUUAUUUAGGAGCUGGCUGACAAAUGUUAAUUUCAUCACAAAUUGGUGAAAUAUGGAUGCGUUUGUAUAAUGCAUAUAACCAAAAACUAGAUAAGCAUAUUUUAAUUUAGUGCAUUUUUCAAACCCAGGCUAUAUGGUUAAUUUAUUAUUCACUGUAUCCCUUGAAAUUCAUGAUAUUCAUUGUAUUACUCAGCAAGUGAUGUAAACCAUGUUUAAGCUAACCACGUACAAGCAUGUUAUGUAAACACAGCCAAUGUUUUCCCUUGGGAAUAGCAGACUAUUGAAGCUUGAAGAAACAAUGGUCAAGUUGAGCUUUACUGCAUAUUUUAAUAAGUACAGAAUAGCAAGGGCUGUAUAUGGGGACAAGAGCAAUUUGUUAUUCCAAUGCUCAUUUGUGGUAUAGACAGCACUGUAUGUUUUUGCUAUAUGGCUAAACCCAUGCUGUUCUUGAAGCACACAUGUUUGAGUAUAUGUAUACCCAGUGGUGGGAUUCAGCCAGUUCGCACCACUUCGGGAGAACCAGUUGUUAACUUUCUGAGCAGUUUGGUGAACUGGUUGUUGGAAGAAUUCAUUAGGGCAGAGAACCGAUUGUUAAAUUAUUUGAAUCCCACCACUGCGUAUACCCAAACACCAACAGCACUGAAGCAGAAGCAAGUUUAGAAAGAAUAACAGUGGGCAUACACAAGAAAAACUACGUCAACGUAAGAGUUUUGUUUAUAACUUUUGCUUCAACAAACUUCUUUAACAUUUGGCAGAGCUCUGAGAUCAGAAUUACAUUGGCUGAUUUGGAUAUACGAUUAUGAUUUGAGAAAUCCAAUCUGCAUGUUCAGGUAGAUGUCUACCAAAGUCAAACACAUCUUAGCAAUAAUUUUGUAGUUUUGAAUGUAGGAUAUUUGUAUCAUGGAUUGUGCCAGUUUAUUUAACAAGUUUACAUUAGAGUUGCCAUGGCAGUGCAUUUCUUGAGAGUGUUUACGAAGAACUCUGUAUUGUGAGAUUUUGUGUGUGAUUGCUGAAAGGCUUGGAAAAAAAAUUGUUGCGAAAUGUAAAAUGCAUUAUUACCCAAAUUGAAUAAAAGUCCUUCAAACUACACAUUAUAAAAA